CCCACAAGAUAAAUUAGAUUAUUUGAUUCAAUAUACAAGAGGAUCAGCUCAAGAAAUGAUAAAUGGUUGUACACUAUUGCCACCAGAUGAAGGUUAUAAAAAGGCUAGAAAGCAGCUUGAAAGUUACUAUGGCAACCAAGCAUUUGUAGUAGACGCAUACAUAAGUAAAGCAUUGAAGUGGCCUCAAAUAAAACAAAGGGAUGGGGAGGCCUUAAGAGACUAUGCAACCUUUCUCGAUAACUGUAUGGACUCCAUGACUAAAGCUAAAAAUCGAGUAGCAUUUAAUAGCAAUGAAAAUAUCCGUACUAUACUUUCAAAGCUCCCAUAUUCUCUACAAAAUAAGUGGGGGGACAUAGCCUAUGAAAUUGAAGAAGAAGAAAAAAAAGAGAUAGAAAUUUGCGAUUUAACUAUUUUUUUACAUAAACAGGCUAAGAUAUUUAUGCAUCAUAUUUACGGCAGCAAAGAGAAAAAGGAAAAGACUGACAAUGUUAGGUCCCCUCUUAAAUAUGGUCAGAAAUCAGGAAGUAUCUACACUACAAGUAUAACUGAUACUGCCGAAAAGGGAACUCAAGAAAUCUCUGUCAAAAAGUCUGCUAAUGAUACAUGUGCAUUUAAAAAGCCUUGUGUAUUCUGCAAUGGUCAGCAUAUCCUUGCUGAAUGUAGAAAAAUCAAAGAACUGCCACAUAAAGAAAGAAUUGACUUUUUAAAAUCUAAAGGUUUAUGUUUUCGCUGUCUCAAACAGGGGCACCUUGGUAAGAAUUGCAAAGAAAGAAUGAAAUGUCAGACAUGCUCUUUUCAGCACCCAGACAUCCUGCACAUCAAAAAAGACAGUGAAGCAACAUCUAAAGCUGCAACCAAUGUGGUAACACCUACUGAAAAGGAAACAGAGACUGGAACUUGUAACUUUACUGGGGCCGGAGAAGAAUGUGCGCUACAAGUAGUUCCUGUUAAGGUAAAAUCUAAGAAAGGCGAAAGGUAUGUAGAAACAUAUGCCUUUAUAGACCAAGGCAGUACAGUAACAAUUUGCACUGAAAGGCUCCAGAAACAAUUAAACCUUCAAGGGAGAAGAACACAAGUAUUUCUCAAAACUAUGAAUAACUAUGAUGAUGAUUCAAAAGUGGUAACUCAAAGUUCUGUCUUAUCAGAUUUACAAGUCUGUGGUGUCAAUGAUGAUGAAUAUAUUGAUUUGCCAAAGGUCUUUACACAAGUUCCAGUGGACAGAGAAAAUAUUCCACUACAAGAAGAUAUCGAUAAGUGGGCAUAUCUUAAAGAGGUACGUCUAACUCAUAUUGAUUCUGAAGUUGAUAUUUUAAUAGGAAUCAACUACCCAGAAAUCUUCAAGGAGUUACGAACCAUACCUAGCCAAGGAGGUGGACCCUAUGCUAUGAAGACUGCACUUGGAUGGGUGGUUGGUGGACCAUACAAAGAGAUAGAUGACCUCACAAAACAAAGUGGUAAGAUGCCCAAGCAUUCAAUUAAUCACAUGUCAAUAACAGAGAUUGAAGAUAUGUUGCUGCAACAGUAUAACACAGAUUUUCUAGAACGCAGCUGUGAAGAAAAGGAGGAGAUGUCACAGGAGGACAUCAAAUUCAUGCGCAUAUCCUCAGAAUCUUCGAGUCUGGUAGGUGGCCAGUAUUCUUUAAAUUUGCCUUUGAAGGAUGAAACACUUAAAAUGCCAAACAAUCGCUGUAUUGCUGAACAGCGUGCUAUUGGACUCAGAAGAAAACUGAGCAAAAAUUCAGGUUUCCACGGAGACUAUAAAGCCUUCAUGAAAGACAUUAUAGACAAGGGUUACGCUGUCAAGGUACCCAAAGAAAACCUAAAUUGCAAUGAAGGCAGAGUGUGGUACAUUCCACAUCACGGUGUGUAUCAUCCAAAGAAAAAUAAAAUUCGAGUGGUUUUUGACUGCACUGCCACCUACCAGGGGAUCUCACUUAAUGAGCAAUUAUUAAAAGGCCCCGACCUAACUAACACACUCAUUGGCGUCCUUACAAGAUUCAGAAAGGAGCCAGUAGCAUUAAUGGCAGACAUUAAGUCAAUGUUCUACCAAGUUAAAGUACCAGAUAAAGACAGUGAUCUUUUACGUUUCUUAUGGUGGCCUGAAGGUAAUCUAAGUAAAGACCUUGAAGAAUUCAAAAUGACAGUACAUCUUUUUGGAGCUACUUCUUCACCCAGUUGUGCUUCUUAUGCUUUGCGUAGAACAGCCGAAGAUGCCAGAGAUACAUUUCCUGAGGAAGCUGUUAACACCGUUCUCAAUAACUUCUACGUGGAUGACUGUUUAAGGUCAGUGACAACAGAAGAACAAGCUAUAAAGCUGGCAAAGGACCUCCAAGCUCUAUGCCUAAAAGGAGGAUUUCAGUUGACUAAGUGGAAAAACAACCAAAAGACUCCUUGAUCGGCUCCAUGGAGUCACCACACUUCCGGACUUACCCCUGAUGACUUUGGUUCCACACCUCUGCUUCUGAUGUCAUCUCUGGCCACUACAAUCAACGUCAGUUCCACUAUUCUCUGCAUUUCCUCCCUGUUAAUUUCGCUUCUUUUACUGUCUGUAUAAAAGAGCCAGGAACAAACUUUAUUUUUUCUAAUGUUUUGAUUAAUUUUGACCUUGAUUUUGAACUGGACCCUACAACCAGUAUACAGGGAGGCUCUCCAACCCUUAACCUGUGUCUCUGUGUUCUUAUUUUAUCACACGUUAUACAAGUAAUGUUCUGUAAGGCUUCUCAAUUAGCAGUUUAACUGGUAACAGGUGUGGGUAUCAAGUUUGGGUAUAAAAGGAGGAUCCAGGAAGGGCUCAGUCUUUGCAAGCAAAGAUGGUUCGGGGCUCGCCACUUUGUCCUGAACUUUGUGAGAGAAUUAUCUGUCAAUUUAAAAGCAAUGUUUCUCAGUGCAGGAUAGCAAAGAAUUUAGGUCUGUCACCAUCUACUGUUAAUAACAUUGUGAAAAGUUUCAGGGAGUCAGGAGAAAUCUCUGUGCGUAAAAGGCCAAGGGCAGAAACUACUGCUGAAUGUGUGUGUCC